AUGGGCGCUGAGAUCCACUAUCAGUUUUUAAAAGACUAUCCUACCGACAAGAGCGUCUCUACAAUCAGCAUUGUAAAACAUCUGAGCAGUAUGUCAGCACUCACCUGCACACAGUUUCUGAACCUGAAUUUAAAGGAUGUUUCAUCAAUGUCCACCACCGUGACAUUAAAUGCAGCCUCCUUUGGACGGCGCGACUUGAACUUAUUUAUUGAGAGUCUAGAAACCAUAUCUCGCUUGGAGAAGGAGAGAUACGAGAGAUGCCAGCUUCAGCGCGAGCAAAGACUACAUCAGGCGCGAAAGACAGCGUUGGCGCAUAACCGAUGCUCCAGUCCGACACCCACAGCCGAUGAAGCCGUAGACGAGCCGCUCUUAUAUCUGGAGUCAAAGUGCAUACCCUAUGCUGUUUCUGACCAUUUGGUUGCACAGAGUGACCGCACACCUUGUUCCGAAUACCAUUUGUGUGACGACGAAGCGUACGGAAGUGUUUCAUAUUCAGCGCGCAGCAGCGUUACCUACUGUAGCUGCGGUGGAAUCUCCAUCCUGGAUUCAUACUCCGGAGAGUCCGAGGUUAAGAGGAUACCAUUUGUGCAUCCGACUUCCCAGGCUAUAACGCAGAAUAAAUAUAGUUCAACGCGAUCCCGCAUAAUUAACUUUGUGUUAAAGAGAAAUAGGGCUAAGCCCACUUUCGCUGAGCAUCUGCAGCGACAGGGAAAGUGCGACACGUUAUUUAGCGAGAACAUAAGUCACCAGUUCCCACAGCUUACUACAAGUCAAAAAAGGUCGGCAGGGUAUAGUUUUCUGGAUAAAGCCAUCCGAUAUCUCACAUUAUAAAAUGCUUCUCCAUGUAAAGAUUAUGUUGUAGGAUUGUUUAUAAAACAUUUGAAACUAUUAAAGUUAAUUGACACAAGCUUUACAAUCAAUACGUGAUAUAAUUAUGGUAAAAGUCAUUGGCUUAUAAACGAAUCCAUCUGGCAAGCUACAGAUUUCUAGGUCGCGAACAGCGACCUACCAGAUCUCUGCUAUCUUAAACAAGUUUUUGUACGUAAUCCCAAUCUGCCUUUCAGAAAAUAGGGGCCUUUUUCAAUUUUUGGCUUUUAAAAGAUUUACACGGAUUUCAAUUUCCGAUACUUUCUCCCAAAUAAAACGUCACAUAAUCCAUUUUCCGUCAAUUUCAACAUAAACAUUUGUGCACUUGACUUUAUAGCUGCUAAGUUUU